AUGGGCCACACCACUGCUGCCGCCACCCUGCUCUGCCAGCUUGGGCUCUCCGCAGCCAUCCAGUGGCUAGGGCUGACGGAGAGCAGGGUGGCCUGGAACGAAAGCCACCACUGCCGGCUGCUCGCCGGGCUGGUGCCGGACCAGUUCCAGAUGUGCCGGAGGAACUUAGAGGUCAUGCACAGCAUCGUCCGAGCCGCCCACCACACCAAAGGCGUCUGCCAGAAGACCUUUGCAGACAUGAGGUGGAACUGCUCCUCCAUCCAGCAUGCCCCUAGCUUCGGCCCUGACCUCCUCAAAGGAACCCGGGAGUCUGCCUUUGUCUACGCCCUGGCCGCCGCCGCUGUCGCACACACCAUCGCCCAAGCCUGCACCUCGGGAGAGCUCCCCCUCUGCUCCUGCGGCUCCAGCCCCUCGGAGAUCCCCAGCCCGGACUUCAGAUGGGGUGGCUGCGGGGACAACCUGGCCUAUGGCCUCCAGCUUGGUGCUGCUUUUGCUGACAGUCCCUUAAAAUCCAGCAAGCUGGGGACUGGAGCGCUGAAAGCUAUGAAUCUGCAUAACAAUGUGGUGGGCAGGCAGGUGGUGAGUGACUCCCUGGAUACCAAGUGUAAAUGCCAUGGUGUUUCAGGCUCCUGUUCCAUGAAGACCUGCUGGAAGGGACUGCCCAAGCUGGAUGAAGUUGCCUCUGACCUCAAAUCUAAGUACCUGGCAGCCAUCAAGGUGACCCACAGGCUCAUAGGGCCCAGGAAGCAGCUGAUAGCCAAAGAAAUGGUCAUCAGGCCAGUGCAAGAGACAGACCUGGUUUAUCUCAUCAACUCUCCUGACUACUGCACCCCAAAUCUACACCUGGGCUCUCUGGGGACACAGGACAGGCAGUGCAACAAGACCUCCAUGGGCAGCGAGAGUUGCAACUUGAUGUGCUGCGGCCGUGGCUACAACACCUACACUGAGGAGGUGGUGGAGAGAUGUCACUGCAAGUACCACUGGUGCUGCUACGUGGUGUGCAAGAGGUGCUGGCAGAAGGUGGAGAGAUAUGUCUGCAAGUAACACCAGGGCAGGCAGCAGGACUCUGAUGGUGC